CCACAGGAGACCAAGGCACUUGAUAGCCGCAUCAGCUACUGUGGCUACCAAAGCACAAAGCGGCAGGGGGACCAGGGGUCUGCCAUGCAUUUCUUAAACUCUGGCUACAAACUCUCCACAUCGCCGUUCGCGUACAAUCUGAGAGAAUCCACCUCCAACUACAGUCCAUUGAGGAGACUUCAGGACCUGACCACUAUGGUGAACCAUGCCGACAUGAGUUUGCAGGACAAGGACUUUCACAGGCGAAAUAAACUGCUCAUGCACAAUCCCACUGGCGGAGGUGAGUUUGGAAUAGGCCUUUAUCACACGUCCAAUUCGCAAGGAAACACUGACAGGACUACUAUUCAGGAUCUGGACAAAAAUGGUUUCUCACCAGUAAGCUCUGAUAGCUUGGAACAUUUUCCAUCCAUCCCAAAUGGAAUUUUGCAUUUCGAGUCGACCCUGUUUGAUAGUGGGGACAGCAAGGAUAAUGAGGAGGAGGAGCAUGAUAGGGUUGAUGUGGUGGCACCGUUUAAAGACACAUCAAAUAAAUGCCAGAAACGAAAUCUGGCAAACACAAAGGCUCCUAGCAGCCACAGGCUGGACCUAAGUAAAAACAAACAUGGAAGUUUUAACCUUGUUUCUAAAAAUACAGUGAAGUCUGACCCUCCUGGUAGUCCAUCACAUUUGCCUGUCGAGGUCAUGAUGGAGGAUUUUGAUAGUAUGCAUGAUUAUUCAGACAGUGACUGUGAUCUUCCCAGCACUGAGAACAGUGCUUCAAUAUUCAACUCUGGUCUCUCUAAAAGACCAAAUUCACCCAGUGACUCCCAUUCAAAUCCUAAGAACAGCUCAACUGUAAAAUCUCCUGUGAAACUAACUGAAAACUCUUUAUCAUCUAAACCAUCAUCAAACCCUUCAUCAGACAGCUACAAACCUUCCACAGCCGCUGAACGGCACAAACCAGACCCCCUAGAUAGUCCAUAUUCAGAUAUUGACUCUGUCCCGAGGAUUCUUUGCCCCAAACGUUCAGUGGAAUUGCUGCAGGAGGCGGUGGCGAAAGAAUUGAGCACUAAACCUAAGAAAGUACAGCCAAGUAAAAAGAUGAAAAAAGCCAACGUGGACAAGCCGGUGAAGAAAACAGAGGCUGGUUCAAAAUGCACAACAAACAGUAAGCUAAAGAAGUCAAUGCCCAAAGAAAAAACACUUAGGGCUACGAACUCCAGACAGAAGGAAAGCAGUUCCCCGGGGUCCUCAGAUGGGUCUUUUGCCAUGCACUCUCAUUAUUUUCCUGCCAGCAAUGGCUUAAUCUCAAGAGCACUUGCCGCCAGGAGAAAGACCAAGGAGAAAGAUUUAAGUCAGGAGCCAGAAUCUCGUUCACCAUGUGCUGGUGAUGAAAACUUUUUUUACAACAAGUGCUCAUCCCCCACCGACCAUUCUGAGUUGUCAAAACAUCAAUGGCAGGUAAAAACAGAGGCCAGUGAAGAGUCCACUGAUGACUCUAACUCCCACACACCCCUAAACCCAACUCUUACUAAGUUUACCAGAAUCCGAAAUGAGAAAAAUGGCAUUCAUAAUGGACCUCGACAUAAAGGUUCCAAGUCAGAUGUGAAUGAAUCCUCCCUCAAUUCCGUUAAAAUAAAAAAUGAGAGCAUGAUCUCAGACACUUCGUCUUCAUCCAUCCCGUCUCCCUCGAUCUCUCCUAUGGAUGCUUUCCAGGAUAUGAAGGAGCUUUCUUUCAGGUCUCUUGUCAAAGACGAAUGCAGCUCAGGAGAAACUUCGCUCCUUGCCGAUUCAAACUACAAAUUCAGCACUUUCCUAAUGCUCCUGAAGGAUCUGCACGACAGCCGGGAGAAGGAAGGGAAACCUUUAACCCUCCCUCCCACUUCUCCAUCCUCUCUCAUCAGGGAAGAACCUUCUUCUAUCCCACCUGGAGAAGCAGCAACAAAUGAGGUGCUUUGUGAAAAGGACUGGAAGGCAAUUGCGGAUCAGAACAGUCGGCAGGGGAAGACGUCAACGCCAAAACAGGGCAAGGCCAAGCUGAAAUCAUCAGUGAAAAAGGAGAUGCAAAAACACGAUGGUGGGAACAAUUUAGUUUCUCCACUGAAAAAGCAGAACUCAUCAGUAGGUUUGGAUGCACUUGAAAAGAGUUUGCCUCUGCUAGGGGAACUUUCCAACUCUCACCAUGAUGCUGUUCCUGAUGUCUGUGGCAAGGGCACCAUCUCCAAGGUUGCUCCUAAAAAGCGAUGGCAAACAUUUGAGUCUGGCAUUGGGAAAAGCACCAAGCCAAAGAGCGAUCCGGUUGGUUUGAAUCAAGAUGUAGUGAAGGAGUCCACAGAUCUAAAUGGAGUUUUCAAAGACAGUCUUGAAGAAGCGGCUCAUUCUGACAUCCCUGAUAAAAAAGAUGCUUCAGAAAACAAAAGGCAUAGAAAACCAAGCAAGAGACUGAUUGAAUGCAGUGAAGAAUAUGAGCAAAUAUUUUCCACAAAGAAGAAAUCAAAGAAAACUCCCGAGUCCUUUAAAACGGGAUCUUGGAUCGCCAACACUAACAUUGACCAGCCAGCACCUGAGCAGAUCACACCUGAUGCUUUAAGCUCUUCACCUGAAAAACCCUCUGAGCAGUCUUAA